AUGGACCCAAAAACAAAGUUCUCAACACAUCGGGAACGAGCAACCAAUCCGCUGGUGUGGUGUGCUGCUAUCAUCUGCACCAUCUUGACCGUAGCAGUCAUCAUCGCAGGCAUUGUUACCUUCAUAGGAUACUUAGUUAUACAUCCCAGGGUGCCUUACGUCAGUGUCAUGGAUGCUCACCUAGACCAUAUCCAGAUUGAUUAUGCGGGUAUUCUGGAAAUUCAGGUAACCAUACUAAUUCGAGCCCAGAAUGGGAACGAAAAGGCACAUGCAAGCUUCUCGGAUUCGAGUUACAGCUUAAGCUUGAACGGGGAAGUGGUGGCGCAGCUGGUAGCACCACCCUUUGAAGUAGGUAAGAACAGUUCGGUUGAUUUUAACUAUGUAGUGCCAUCUUCACCCAUACCCUUAAGACCAGAUCAAGCAGAGGAUGUGGACACGGGGUUGAAGAAAGAUUUGAUUACAUUCGAUUUAAAAGGCAGUACCUGGGUGAGAUGGAGAAUAGGGCACCUGGCUUCAGUUAGGUUCUUGUGUCGUCUUGAGUGCCGGUUGCGUUUCCAUCCUUUGAAUGGAACUUACAUUCCUUCACGCUGUAGUUCCAAGGCCAAAUAA